AUAAUCUCUAUUAAGAGUGCAACUAGAGAUUGUUCAUUCCCUUUAGCCUUUUAAAUAGAUUCUCCUAAAAUCUGAGAUUUUAUUAUCGUGAAAAUUAAGUUUUAUUUAUUUAUUUAUUUAUUUAUUGUCACUUACAGAAAUAUAUAUGUAAAAUUCUUCAUAUAUACCUAGCAAUCCUCAAUUGCAAGUAAUCAUAUGUACUUGACAAACUUGAAAAAAGAAAAGAAGAGCACAAGACUGGAAUGGAAGAUUGCCAAGUAAAUCAAGGAAUAUGUCUAUCUUUCCUGAGGUGAUAUCCAAGUUGAGAGGCCAUGGAAAUGGAUGGAGUAAUCGAGCCUCCAAAGAGCACAUAUAAAUAGCCUCCUACUGUCUCCUCCUCCCUCAUCAUCCCUUUCCGUCACCGUUCAAGAGAGCUCACUGAACAGAAGCCUCUCUCAUGGAAACUGGGCGUGCUUACAUGGACUUUGUUCCUUCGCACGAGUGGUUUCAAGAUGAAGUGGCCGAUACGCUCGUCGUUCACCUCCCAGGCUUCAAAAAGGAGCAGCUCAGGGUUCACAUCGUCAGGGAUGGGAAGCUACACGUCAGCGGAGAACGCCCGUUGAUCAAGGACCAAUGGAGCCGCUUCCGCAAGGAAUUCCAGUUGCCGGAGAAUUGCAACGCGGACCAAGUCCACGGCAAGCUCGAGAACGGACUCCUCACCGUCGUGCUCCCCAAACUGCACCACCGAGCAGACGCCGAAGGCAAGGAUGAAAAGGUGGAGAAGGGUGGCGUGAAACAGAGGGAAGCUGACGCUGCCUCAAGGCCAGCGCCAGCGCCGUCCCAAGGUGCGGCUGUGGGCGAUGAGAAGAUGAAGCUCAAGAGCUAUGCCAGUAUGGACGUUCGCCUGCACCAGCACGAAGGGAAACUGCGCUUGGUUUGUUUGCUUGUGGCCGUCGUGGUGGCAGCUUGGUAUGUGUAUCAGAAGCUGAAUCCUGAAGAGACGCAGCGGCAUGAAUCAUGAUGCCUACCCAGCUAUCUGAAGGCUCGGUUCAAGAAAGACUGGAACAUGUGUGACCAUGGAAGUGUUUAUGAUUAUGAUAUUAUUUCUGAACAAAAUAAUAGCGAAAGCUAAUCCAUCACAACUUACAUCACAAUCCUUACUCGAGAUCUUUCAAUGAUAAGUUCUCUCAAUAGCUACGACAAGAGAGAUUAACAAGUAGCUUAAAGCUCUACG